CCGCCGCACCGAGAGGGUCGACCCCCCGCGCGCGCAUGUCGAGAGGCGCCCCCCGCCGGCAACAAGUGCGCGGCCCGGAGCUCGCGCGCGCUGCGGCUCGGCGCGGGGCCGCGGCCGGGGCCUAAGUGACAGAGAUAAGUGGACGCCCCCGGGCGUACUGCUGCAGACGCGGGGUAUCGGACGCAAUUUCCGGCACACGGCCGCAAGUUUUUUCGCCCCUCCCGCACUCAGCACUCCGCACUAUCGGGGGUGUCUAUCCGUCCGCCCCUAUCGCAGGAAUCGAGCCAAGAGCCUGCCAACGCCAGGAAAUUAAAAAAAAGAGAAUUUAGAGUGCGACUGCGGAACAGCUGAUCAGUUUGGAGUUACGUUAAAUUACCGUGUGCUUGUGAGGUGUUCGUGUCUUGAAAUGUGAGAGCAACGUGACCGUUGGAACUGUGUGUGAACAACGACACCUUCCUCGGCCCCCGCCGGCCGGUGCCGACCCAAUGGAUUGAGGAGCGUUACGGUGUACCGUUACCACGGACUGAUCCGCUGGGGCGGCGGGGCGGCGGGCAGCGUGACCGUGUCAUGUGACACCAUGGCGAGGCCACCGGCGGCUCUACUGCUCCUGUUCGUCGUGGUGCUGGUGGGGUGGGGGUCCACCUCGACCGUUGCCCCGUCGCUGACCUCGCCGGCGCCGUCCAGGCCGACCUCGGCGUCUCCGCUGAUCUCGACGCUCUUGUCGGGUUCAGCGCUCCCGCCCACCCGGCAGACACCGCCCUCCACGCCGUCGGCGCCCUGGGGCCAUGUGUGUCCCGAAGCCUGCCUGUGCGGCCAGGAGCCUCUCCACCUGCCGACGCCGGUAUCCGACGCCGCCGACCUUGGCGCCGUGUCCGGGCCGAGGCCCUUCAUGGCGUGCUACAGCGUGCCGUCCGGCCUCGCUGAGGACGACCCCUACGUGGAGGUGCUCCGCGUGUCCAACUGGACGGUGCGCCGCCUCGACCUGUGGCCGCUGCGCCGCCUGCCAGGGCUCCGGGUGCUCGACAUGCAGGGCAACGCUGUGGCCGAGAUCUCGGGCUCCGGCAAGGCCAACCCGGAGCUGCGCGUCGUGGACCUGUCAGCCAACAGCCUCCACAUCCUCGGCGCGUUUGCCUUCCGCGACCUGUCCUCGCUGCGGGUGCUCAACCUGUCGCUCAACGGGCUGCACUCCAUCGCGCCCCAGGCGCUCGCGCUGCCGCGGCUCCGCGUCCUCGACCUGCGCCGCAACAGGCUGGCCGUGCUCAAGCCGCACUUCUUCUCGGACGCGCCCGCGCUGCGGGAGCUCUACCUGUCCGACAACGCCCUGUCGCGCGUGCCGCCGCUCGUGCUCGCCCCUCUCGACGUGCUCGACCUGUCCGGCAACCACAUCAUCCGCGUCGAGGAGGCGGCGUUCGACGCCGUCAACGUGAGCCGGGUCCUGGACCUGUCGCGCAACGCGCUGCGGCGCGUGCCCAACGCGGCGCUGCGGCGGCUCGGCGCCGUGCGCGACCUGGUGCUCAGCGACAACCCGCUGGGGGAGGCGCUGCCGGCGGGCGCGGUGGCGGGGCUCGCCGUCCACACGCUGCACCUGCAGCGCCUGCGCACGCUCGCCACCGUGCACCGCGGCGCCUUCCAAGGUCUGCCCGAGCUGCGUGAGCUGCGGCUCUCGGCCAACCCGGACCUGGCCUACGUGCACCCGCAGGGCCUCGGCGGCGUGCCGCAGCUCCACACCCUCGACCUCUCGGACACGCCGCUGCUCGCCCUGGAGCGCGAGCUUCUGGACGCGGCGCCCGCACUGCGCACCCUGCGGCUGGACAACGGGACGCUGCACUGCCACUGCAGCCUGGGCUGGCUGCGCAACCUGACGGGUGGGCCCGUGCUGUGCAGGGGCCCGCCCGCGGCCGCCAACCCGCCCUGCGCGCCCUACAUCAUCCCGCUGUUCCCGGAGACGUUCUCCGAGACGCUGGGCAACAACGCGUCCUUCCACUGCCGGGCGCUGUUCGGCGAGGUGCCGGCCGGCAGCCCGGACGUGGCCGCCACCGUCACGUGGCAGACGCAGGCGGGCGUGGAGCUGGCGGAGGGGCAGUGCGCCGACGGCGCGGGCCGCGUGUGCGUGCGCGACCACGUGCUCACCGUGCUCUACCUGCACGCCGAGGACGCGGGCACGUACACGUGCGAGGCGCGUGGAGCGGGCCACGACACCCGCGCCGUGCGCCUGCACGUGCGCGACGUGCACGUGCGCCUGCUGCCCCUCACCGUCACGUCCACGUUCGUCACGCUCGCGUGGAACAUGAGCAGCGCCGUCACCAACAGCUACACGCUCCGCGUCCAGGAGGUCGACGCCGGCAACGCGUCCGAGGCCGGGCGCUCCGUCACCUUCACCGUCGGCCUCAAGAUGCACUCGUACACGGUGCACGGGCUCAAGCCGCGCUGCCGCUACGCCUUCACGCUCGCCAUCCAGCGGGAGGCGUACUCGCUCGUCAUCGGCUCCACGGAGGUGACGACGCGCGAGGGCGCCUUCCUCGUGUCGCUCGGCAUCGAGCGCAACUACCUGAGCAUCAUCGUGGUCUCGGUGGUGGGCGGCGCCUCCACGGCGGCGUGCCUCGGCGUGUGCGGCCUGCGCUGCUGGCGGCAGCGCCUGCGCCUCAAGGAGGCCGCGCACCUGGCCGCCCUCCGCAAGUCGGACUCGGCCUUCUCCGGGAGGGAGAUGCUCUCGCAGCCAGGGUCGCCGUCGGCCGAGAGCCCGCCGCUGCAGACGCUCUUCCGCGGCAUCACGUACAUCAGCCUCUCGGACGAGCGGAGCGCGCCGAGCGAGUGCGGCCGCUCCAUCGAGCAGGACCUCAUUAGCUUCACGUGAUGGAAGCCGUAGGUAGAGCACGAGUCGUUGGGGUCGGCUCGCGGUGACGCGAGGGCGCCUGAGGAGCGCUGGGUAGGCAAUACAGCGCACUCGAGCCGAGGGGUUGCCUACCCCACAGGCGUCUGAGUGCGAGACAGUACAAGAGGCAGCCGAGUCUUCCCAACGCACGCUGCCCAACCCGCGCGCCAUAACGGCAGCCGCGGGCUGGGCAACAACCUCCGCCCCCCCCCUCUCUCUCUCUCUCUCUCUCUCUCUCUCUCUCUCUCUCUCUCUCUGUGUCUCUCUGUCUUUCGACAAAUGCGGCCGCCAACCUCAAAGCUAAACCUCGCGAACGCUGUGCUUCCUAUUUCUUGUAAUUACCACUUUACAUUUCUUUUGUUUUUGUUGUUUUUUUCCCUUGCUGCUUCUGUGAUGACGAUGAUGCGAAACUCGCUGUUGAUAAAAAGGAGAAGUAGUCUCUUUGAAACUCGCGCCCGAUCGUGCUACGAUCAGCGGCCCCCCCGGCGGCGCCCACGCCUCCGCCCCGGGCCGGCAUUGUCGGCGAGGCGAGCUAGGGAGAGGCCAGGAAGGAGGGGACUCCCAUUUCGCCUUGACGUUUUUAAUUGGUCCUAGCGACGCCCUGGCCGGGGCCCUGGCCGAGGCCCUUUGGGUGCUUGUAACCCGCUCGCCCCGGAGUACUUUCUCCUCUUCCUACCCAUCAGAAAUGUAUUAAUGAGGCACGGCGCACGGCCUCCCCUCGGCCUCUGCCCCUUUUUCUAUGGCACGUUCGCCCAUCGACCACGGCCGGCCGCUGAAUUUUUCAUGAAGCCGAGCCGAGGCCCCGCGCCGCCCCCCUGAAUAGAGCUAGCCGACCCCGCAGAGAUUUCUUUUGUUGCCCCGGACACGGUCGGACCUGGUCAGACUAAUGGUGGCGCGAGGUGUUCUGAUAUUCAAAUCAAUGGCUGCGGAGGAAGUGGCGGGGCGGGGAGCGGCGGGGCAGCGUGCGCUCCGCUUCACGGGGCAGCCUCCGGAAUGAGCCAGCCCUUCAGCCCCGCCUGACUCCUCGAAAUGAAGUGGACCAACAACGCGGUGCCGCGGCGCGGCGGCGUUGUUUUUCAUUACGAAAAGACAAAAUAAAAAUAAAAUAAAGACAUGAAUGAAAAAAAAAAAAAAUAGAUCAACAAAGAAACAGACACACAAAAGGUGUGAAUGGAUGUGUGUUUUCUUUUUCGGAAUCACGGUGGAGACCGUGUUCGGAAUGUUCUGCUCUGGGGGAAUGCGAAUCCCCAGUGAGCAGCGUUGUUGUUGUUUGAUGCUCUGUGAUCUUCCUCAUUCUUGUACCUACUCUGUACGUUGUGUAGACUAUUAGACCAUAUCUGUACAAAAGUUCGGUAAAUGAAUGCUAGUGUGUAAGCAAAACAAAAGGUCUCAAACUUGUACAUACGGGGUGUUAUUGCCAUUUUUAUAAAUUCAAUAAAAUAUUGACGACUUAAUCUGUUCGGCGA